AUGAGAGUCCCACCACUACUGUCCCAGCUAAAGGGGUUUAAGACUCAAAAGCAGCAAGUGGAUAGCGAUGAUCCACCCGGAGCAGCUAGCGGUUGGGCCACAGCAGCAGCCAGCAGGCCAAGUCACAAAGCCCAUGUCAGACUUUUAGCGGUCCAAAAGUGGACUUUGGGCCCAAGCCGGCCCGCACCGGUUGCACACCCUUACCAUGGAGACGGCGCUCUUGCACAUGCGUCAAGCGGCGGCGCUAGCGAGUAG